GACUGCGGACACAGUGCAGGAGAUGACCAGAGACUGCGGACACAGUGCAGGACAUGACCAGAGACUGCGGACACAGUGCAGGGAAUGACCAGAGACUGCGGACACAGUACAGGAGAUGACCAGAGACUGCAGACAGUACAGGGGAUGACCAGAGACUGCGGACACAGUGCAGGGAAUGACCAGAGACUGCAGACAGUGCAGGGAAUGACCAGAGACUGCAGACACAGUGCAGGGAAUGACCAGAGACUGCGGACACAGUGCAGGGAAUGACCAGAGACUGUAGACAACAGUGCAGGGGAUGACCAGAGACUGCAGACAGUGCAGGGGAUGACCAGAG